UUUAGGCCGUCGCAAUUUGUUGCCGCCUACUUUCACGUCACGCGUAACUUUGGCCCACUGGAAGAAAAAGGCAUCAGGAGCUCAGAACCCCUUCCCUUUCGUGGGAAACCUCAAAGAUGUCGCCCUUCAUGAAGAAGAACACGGCAUGGUCGGCUUCUGCAAUCUACGAGCAGCACAAGAAAACGCGUUCAUGCGCAUAUACGCGCUUCGAUGAAACCAGCUGCUCAAGUCCACGACUUUGGACCUCGUGAAAGCCGUGCUGGUCAAGGACUUUCAGUACUUCCCCGACAGGAGUGUUGAAGCUGACGAAGAACUGGACCCGCUUCCAGCUCGAGGGCUUUUCGGCCAAAAGGGAGAGCGGUGGAAGCACUCACGGAACGCUAUCACUCCCAGUUUCACUUCGGGCAAAAUGAAGCGGAUGUAUGAACUCGUAGCUGAAUGCGGAAAGCUUUUGAUAUUCGCCUUAGAAAAAGAGAAAUUGAUCGGAAAUCCAGUUCCAGUGUAUGAAGUGGCAGCUCGCUACACAACAGAUAUCAUUGCGUCGUGCGCUUUUGGGAUUCAAGGCAACACUUUGGCAGAUCCAAAGGCACACUUUCGCCGCAUGCUGCGAAGACUAUUCGAAUUUUCUCCUGUAGAAGCCCUAUGUGUAGCUGUUGCUUUCUUGGCCCCUAAAUUGACCAAGUUAUUUCGAAUAACUGUUAUAAAUAAAGAAGUGCAAAACUUCGUAAGAAGUACAAUUCAAAAUACCAUUAAGGAGAGAGAGAAUCAAAGUAUUCAACGUAACGAUUUACUGGACAGCCUGAUUGAAAUCAUGAAAUCUGGAAAUGUUUCUGAAGAGAAAAUUGGUGCCAAGUUGCCUGAAAAACUAAUUUUUGAUGAAGAAGACGUAUGCGGCCAGUCGUUCGCGUUUUUGACAGCGGGCUUUGAGACUUCAGCCACUACAAUCAGCUACGCACUCUUCGAGAUUGCCAAAAACAAGGACGUACAAGACAAACUACGCAAGGAGCUUCAGGAAGCCGCAAGAGAUGGAAAAUUUUCCUAUGAAACGCUCCAUGAGUUAAAAUACCUCGACAUGGUGUUGCAUGAGACAUUGCGUAAAUAUCCUCCACUUCCGUUCCUCGACAGGAAGUGUAGCAAAGCGUACACUCUGCCUGGUACAGAUGUUACGUUGGAAGCGGGGUCUCGCAUAAUGGUGCCACUCCACGCGUUGCAAAUGGACCCAGAAUAUCAUCCCAAUCCCAAAAAGUUUGAUCCAGAAAGAUUCUCCGAAGAGAACAAGAAGAAUAUUAUCAAUUACACAUAUAUGCCAUUCGGUGAAGGACCGAGAAACUGUGUCGGGAUGCGUUUUGCCUUGAUGCAAGUGAAAUCUGCAGUUGCUCACUUGCUAAUGAAGUAUUCUGUUGAUCUGUGUGACAGAACACCGCAAGAAAUCAAGUUCAGCCCGAAGACCUUCUUGCUGCAACCAACGGAAAAUAUUGAACUUGUGUUUAAUUCUCUCGCGUAAUCAAAUGUGAAGUUGUGAGUGUAUGUAUGAAUGUGGAUGUUGUUAUUUUUAUAAAUAAAAAGAAAGUUAUGAGUAGUAUGUAUCAUAUGUACGAAACUAAAUGGCAGAUCUAACAGUUACGAUUAGAGAAUACACG